AUGGACUGGGAAACAGCAGAUACUUAUUGCAAGGGAAAAGGCGGAAGGCUUGCGUUCUUUAACACUGAGUUUGAGUACAAUCAAUACAUCCGAUUGAAGCCAUUUCGGAGUGAAUUCAUUGCCAAAUCUAAUAUGUUUUCCCGUCAUGCUCGGGCGGUGGGACCCGAUCCUUCUGCGGCCAACACGACCUCGACGACUCUUCUCACCUCCAUGACUUCUACAUCUUCGCCUCCAUCGCCUGCUGAAGAACCUCCUCCAGGUCUUCCUCAUCUUGUUGCGGACGUCGGUAGAUCGAUUUUCAAAGUUGGAGAAUCAUCAGCAAAAGUGGCUUCCCGCAUAGAUGACGAUUUGUUCAUUUUCGCUUCUGAAAAUGGAGUUUCAAUGCCCAAAUGGGUCUUUAGCGGUCUGGCGGCGGUCACCUCGCUGGUCAUCUUUAGUUUUCUGCUUUGUAUCUGCAAGAAAUGCUGCUGCAAGAAAGAAAAGGAAAAAGAAAAGAAGGGUCUCAAAAAUGGCAAGGGACCAGAGAAGGGCUCAGCCACUCUUCAGAAGAUUCAGCCGGAUAUGAACGAAUUAAAUAAACUUGGGAAGAAAGAAAAGAAACUUGGCAAGCUUCAGUACUCGCUCGACUAUGACUUCCAGAAUAAUACUCUCUCAGUGAAGGUUCUUCAAGCUUCAGAACUUCCAGCCAUGGACUUAGGGCCGUUCCGUGAUGCAUUAAUACCCGACAGAAAGAAAAAAUUCGAAACGAAGGUUCAAAAGAAGACCCUAAAUCCAGUGUUUAAUGAAACAUUUACGUUCACUGUUCCAUACGCCGAGAUCGGUGGAAAAACGCUUGUCCUCGCUGCAUACGAUUUCGACAGGUUUUCAAAACACGAUGUCAUUGGAGAGGUUCGAGUGCCGAUGAACUCUGUUGACUUGGGUCAGGUGGUCGAGGAGUGGAAGGAGCUUCAAGCUGGAGGAAAUGAUGAUAACGAUAAACCCGGCGACAUCUGCUUCAGCCUCCGCUACGUCCCUACUGCCGGAAAAUUGACUAUUGUUAUUUUGGAAGCCAAGAGUGAGGGUUGUUAA